AUGAAAGUUCAUUUUGUGAUUUUUUUUUCAAAUGUUCAAGAAUUUGAAUGUACGUCAGUGUAUCCGUCCAAUGAAGUUUUCGAACUUUUUCGUAAGCAUUCUUCAAAUGUCAAAUCAUUUAUCAUAACCAUGGAAAAGCCCGAUUUAUUAACUUAUUCAUAUAACUCUGAAGUUGGAAUAAGUGAAUUUAUUAGCGUUCAACAUUCAAUCACUGAACUCGACUUUCGGGGUGAACACUUUUCGUCAUUUCUAAGUAAUCAUUCAAUUUAUAACGUAUUUAAAACACAUCCAAACAUCUCAAAAUCAUUAAGAAAAGUUAGGAUUUCUAACGUUAUUUAUAUGUCGGAUAUAUUAUUAAAAUGUGCUGAUUCACUUGAAGAUUUAGAAAUUAACUUUUCAGAUUCACGAUAUGAAAAUUUAUCUUCGAUAAAAGUAACGAACGUACGAUUUAUCAAAUUAAAAUAUUUACGAAUCAUCGCAAACAGUUUCAAUUAUGGAUUUUUGGGAUUCAUUUUAAAUUCGGGAGAUGUAGAAGAUGGAGGAAAAAGUGGUGGAUUGGAAGAUAUUUCGAUUACAACAUGGACGAUAAGGAACAAUAAUUGCGAGUUAUUGUUAGACGCAAUAACAUUAAGGCAUUAUCAAUCCCUGACAUAUUUACAUAUACCGAUUGACAUUACUAUCAAAGAAGUUCAUGAGAAAUUAAAAGAUUUGUGUGAAUUAUGUAAAAAAUUGAAAUUUUUGAGAUUUGAUUCCACUGUACAAGUGAAGGAACACGAAAAUUAUUCAAAUGAUAUUCUACAGUUAUUAAAAAAAUAUAGUAGUUUAAAUAUUACAAAUUUUCAAUUAAUGGGAUGGUGGAGUUUAUCAGCCAAAGAUGUUGUUGAAUUUAUUGAUUAUAGAAAAUCUUUAAACUGUUGCUUUAAAUUAUAUAUUGAUGAUUUAGAAGAUCAUUAUCUACUUUCCCCUUAUAUUAUUUAUGGAAUAUUAAUUAAAUAA